UAAAACAGUGCUGGAACCGGCUACAGCCUACAGGCAGUUUGGUCAAUGGUCGUCUCUCUCAAUAAAACCGCGACCAGUCACCACAAACUGACUUCACUCCUCAUGACUACCAACUAACCGAGUUGGAUCAUCAAAGUCAACCGCCAGAUCUUCAUCCAACGGAGGAUGGCGUUCCGCAACACCAUAGUCCGCAGAGCCCAAGAUGCCGCACACCGCGACACCUGGAGAGCCACACUCUCCGAAUUCAUCUCCACUCUCAUCUUCGUCUUCGCCGCCUCCGGCUCCUCCCUCGCUGUCAACAGACUCACCGUCGACAAGCCCGCCGCCUCCUCAUCGCCGCCCUCGCCCAAGCCUUCUCCCUAUCCGUUGCCGUCGCCAUCAGCACCAAAAUCUCCGGCGGCCAUGUCAACAAACAAAUAA